AUGCGCGCCUCCGCGCCGCUGGGGCCGCCGCUCUGCCUGCUGCUGCUCGCCUCCGCCGCCGCCCCCGACACGCCGCCCCCGGCCUCCGUCAAUGCCGCCGGCGCAGCCGCCGACCUGCCGCAGUUCGGGGAGACCAUCAGCAACGUGACGGUGCCUGUGGGCCGCGAAGCCACGCUGUCCUGCGUGGUGCACCACCUGCUCAGCUACAAGGUGGCGUGGCUGCGCGUCGACACACAGACGAUCCUGACGAUUGCGACGCACGUGAUCACCAAAAACCACCGCAUCGGCGUCACCCACAGCGACCUGCACACGUGGCAGCUGCACGUACGGGACGUCCGGGAGUCCGACCGCGGCUGGUACAUGUGCCAGAUCAACACAGACCCCAUGAAGAGUCAAGUCGGCUACCUGCAAGUGGUCGUUCCGCCCGACAUCCUGGACUACCCGACGAGCACGGACAUGGUGGUGCGCGAGGGCACCAACGUGACGCUGCGCUGCGCAGCCACCGGCUCACCCACCCCCACCGUGACGUGGCGGAGGGAAGGUGGCGAGGACAUCCCGCUCGGCAACGGCCAGCACGUUGCGAGCGUGGAGGGCAGCGUGUUCCACAUCAAGCGCGUGAACCGGCUGCACAUGGGCGCCUAUCUGUGCAUCGCCUCCAACGGCGUGCCGCCCAGCGUCAGCAAGCGCAUCAUGCUCAUCGUACACUUUCCGCCAAUGAUCUGGAUCCAGAACCAGCUGGUCGGUGCCUACGAAGGUCAGGAGAUGACUCUGGAGUGUCACUCCGAGGCCUUCCCCAAGUCCAUCAACUACUGGACGCGUGACCACGGGGAGAUCAUCGCUCAAGGUGGGCGUUACGAGCCGGUACUGUUGGACAACGCGUACAAGGUGCACAUGAAGCUGACGAUUCGUGCCGUCGGUCCCAACGACUGGGGCACCUACCGCUGCGUUUCCAAGAAUUCGCUCGGCGACACAGACGGCAGCAUCAAGCUAUACCGUAUCCCGCCACCAUCGACUCCGCACCGUCCGCCAGAAGUGACGACGACGGAACUGCCGGUCGUCACAGAGCGUCGUGAGGCGCCUCCCGCGCAGAGCUACAGACCGGCAGCGGAGAUUGGCGAGAACGAUCCCAGGGCCAACGACGUGAUGGUGCGCCAUCCUCCACAAGAGAGUGCGGCGGCGGACCUCCGACUCCGCAGCGCCCCUGCCGUCCGCAGCGCGGCAACCCGCCACUCUCCUCCGUCAGCGGGGCUGCUGCUGCACUGGCUGAUAGUGCUGGCAGCUGCCGCCAGGUGGCAGUGA